GAGUGUUUUAAAAUCGCAAUAUUUUCAUGAAUAGUGAAUUCCCUCAACAUAAAUAUUCGUUUUCUUAGAAUUCAAUGAAUACAGAAUCAGGCUUCGAUGAUUUGAUAAUAGUCAAUUUUAUUGUGCAAUAUUGCAGAAUACUAGACAACAAUAGAAGUUUAAUCUAUUAAGUGAGUGAGUGAGUGAAUGAGCUAUUUUUAAUAAAUAAUCAUAGAUUAAGUUCAUGAUGAAAAAUGUAACUAAGAAUACAACUAAGGACUGUACAAAUGUAGCUACGUAAAUUUCGAACUUAUGUGCAAAAUUUCCCGCAAUUGUUUCCAGUGAACUAAAGUAGCUAACAGAUUUUCAUCUCAGUGAGAAGAUAAUAUAAAUCGCAAAAUAAUUGGCCAGACUCUGCAACCCGAGUGGAAAAAGUGUUAAAUUUAUUUAAAUAAAGACUGAAGAAGCUUUACGGUAUCAUGUUGGUGACGUCAUCAGCUCUACCAGGCAACCGCAUGCAGUACACGCGUCAUGAGGUCGCUAGGAACUCGUCUACACGGUCCACCUCCAGCACAGGCGAUGGCUACACAAGCGAGGCUAAGAACCUGGGGGCGUACGAGCGCUGCCUCUACAGCCUGGCUCACGACCCGCGCUGGCAGAAGGAGUCGCUGCUGGGGCGCCGUGUUGGUCUCUACAGGUUCAGGGGCGAGCUCGGACAAGGCAACUUCUCUACCGUCAGGCUCGCGUUUCAUCAGCUCACUAGAGACAAAGUUGCCGUGAAGGUCAUCGACAAAACAAAGCUAGACCCGCGCACACAGCGCAUGCUGGCGCGCGAGAUCUCCAACAUGGACGCCGUCGCUCACCCAAACAUUAUCAGGUUGUUCGAGGUGGUGGAGACGGUGUCCAAGAUCCAUCUGGUGCUGGAGUACGCUGGUGGAGGGGAGCUCUUCAACUUCAUCAGCACGGAGGGGAAGCUCAAGGAGGGAGAUGCCGUAGCUGUCUUUUCUCAGCUCUUGUCUGCUGUCUCGUACCUGCACGCACUAUCAAUAGUGCACCGGGACAUCAAGGCUGAGAACGUCUUCAUAACGCGGCGGCUGCGCGUGAAGCUCGGAGACUUGGGCUUCUCAACCCGCAUCUCCGAGCCCGACCAACCCCUCACCACCUUCUGCGGGUCUCCGCCCUAUGCUGCACCGGAGCUCUACAAGGACGCGUCGUACGCUGGUCCGGGCGUGGAUGUGUGGGCGUUGGGCAUCUUGCUAUUUUUCAUCCUGACGGCGGAGAUGCCCUUCAGGGCCAACACUGUCUCAGCUCUCAAGCGCCACAUCCUCGCAGGGGCCUUCACAUUCCCUUCACAUGUCUCUCCUGCAGCACAAGACCUCAUCAAGAAAAUACUAGUGCAGGAGCCUCACCUGCGUCUCACGACAGCAGGCAUCGCCGAGCACGAUCUGCUCUCUGGAGUGCACCCAUCUCUCCCCCAACAUCGAUCCCCUUCGCAUUUAUGCCCUGCAGCUCUAUCCCCUUCUUCUCAACACGUUCAUUCAGCUCCCUCUUCUCCUUCGUCACAUAAGAACUUCCUCGAGACUCCUGAUCAUCAUCAUCAUCAUAAUCACCAUCAUCACUCUGAUGACCAACACGGACAUUCUGUAGAACUUUUGACUCUACCCGACGACGACUCAUCGCAAAGCAGUCAUCAGCACAGCAGAAACAAAGCACGCAGAUCUUCUUCAGCGAGAUCAGCAUCGCCCAGGGACAACAAAACUCAGUCGAGAAGACAUUCUUGCAUGCCAAGAUCGUCUUCCCUCAAGUCACAGUCGUCAAGUUUUGGCUUCCGAGCGUUCCCAUCGUCGCCUCUCCCUCACUACGUUAACAGUCCUCAGACGGACGUUUCUUUUGAUCUUUUGACCGAGUCUGAAAUAGAAAGCCUAGCAAUGCUGGAUCAUUGGGGCAUCUCCAAGAACGCUUUGAGUGAAGCCUCGCCUCUUGGCGCUCGAUCCCCUAUAGUCGGAACCUACAGAAUAUUGCUUCACAGGAUUUUAAACAGAGGCCAAGAUGCCGAAGAUGAACAAACAGAAGCAGAAACAACUCAACAAAAUCGCAGUAAAAGUGAAGACAGACUAUCCAGCGCCAGAAAGUCUAUCAGAAGUACUUCACCACUCAAACAUAGGCUUAAGUUGAUGAAUAACGCGUAUACAUCUGAAAAUAGUCGGAGUAGGACGUGUACAAUCAUAUGAUGCAUAUUUAAACCUUUCCUUCGAUGCGUAGGUUACAUAUCGCGGCGCCUUGUGCCUUGCUAAAACUCAAAUGGCUAAAACUAACCCAUCAAAAAGUAUCAGCUACUAAAACUAACUCAUGAAAAAGUAUCAGCUAUUAAAACUAACUCAUGAAAAAGUAUCAGCUAUUAAAACUAACUCUUGAAAAAGUAUCAGCUACUAAAACUAACCCAUGAAAAAGUAUCAGCUUAGCUUCUUGUACCUUUGUUAGCUGUUUCUCCAUUAAUGUUUUGCAUUUCUCUGGCAAUCAACUAGGAGUUCUUCACUCAUCUUUGUUAAGGUACCUCGAAUUUUCCCGCAUUUGACUCACAGAAACGCCCCAAUCCCUGCUUGCGAGAAUGCGAAAAAACGAGUCUAGAAGUGUGCUCGUGUUGUUUCAAAAUUCAGUUUUAUGAGUGUCAAUUUCAAUAUAUGACGAACAGUAAAGAUUAUUAAUCCAAUGCAGUCUAAUAGAAACAAUUUGAAGCAAUAUAACUACAAUGGCUAAUGAUAGUCAUGAAUAAUUUUUUAGUUCCAGAAAUUGGUGUGCAAUUCAUGCUUUAGCAAGAAGUCAGCUGAACUUUUAUCUGUUCCAAUUUGGGUCAAUAUUUAGAGGCUAAGUCAAAAUUUUUAUAGAAAUAAAUUUUCGGACAAGACCGAAAAGAACAUAUAGUUUAUUUCAACAAGGUGCAGCGUUACUGCGUAAUGUAGUUGGCACCACUCAACUAUCCUCUUUCCCGAGUAUGGAAUGUAUAUACAUGAAACUUAUAUUCAAUAAUGAACCAUCGUUACUUCAUGUAUUUAAUGAAUCAUAUCAAUAUCUUCAGCCAUAUCUCCGGAGAUUUUGUGAUAAAUGGUCUUAUCUGCUUCCAUAAUUGCGUGUUGGUUGUUAAAUGUUAUUAGCAGUACUAAUUAUAAAUUUUAGUUAAGCAUUUGUGUUGAUAGUUUAUUAAAAAAUAAAUCGCCAUGACGUUGCAACGUUACUUCUUUUAACGUAAUAUAAUUAUAUUUAAGAUGAAUAAUUGAAUAUAUAUCGAUCUAUUUAGAUACGUGUGAAGUAAAGGAAAAAUAUGAAUAAA